AUGCAACAACGCCGCGAUGAAAUCCUCGCCAAAAAAGCGAAGCUCGCCGAGCUGAAGCGGCAAAGAGAGCUCCGGGCCAGCCAGGCGUCCGCGGGGCGCCAAAGCAUGGGCAGCCCUGGUGAGCUCAUAUCACCGACGCCAGGCAGAGCAGACAGCCGCCGUGAAAUCGAAUCCCUUAUAAACAGUCUAGUCGGCGAAAGUCGUCCCGGAUCGACCACCACUGGCGAUGCUGCGUCCCCUGCUCCUCGCGGUAGCCGCCCGAACAGCGUCCUCAGUGCUGGAGAAAUUAGCAACGAGACCUCCGAGUUCGCAGCUCCCCCCAGCGGUCAUUCAGCACCAUCCGCGCUACCAGCGCCACCUAUACAACUGAGCACAGUCGCUCUCACUACUGUCUACGAAUGCCCUCCUUCGCCUGUAAAAGAAGUAUUUUCAUACAGCAAGGGAGUUCAGACAACGGAUGGAUGGACGUCGCCCACAAGACCACGAGCGCAAUCUCUACAGUCGGAGCAAGACGACGUUUCUGGCUCUAUAGCCAGCCCAUCGAAGAAACUGAGCAGGAGAGAACGCGACCGAGAGGAAGAGCUGCGUCAAAAGAUCCGAGACGAGGUGGAGGAAGAGCUGAGAGCAACGAGGGAGCGUUUGGCGGACGGCGCUGAAGCUGAACAACCUUCUGCUACCAACUAUCCGAUUCGAGAUCUGACUUCGGAGGAGCUCGAAGCUGUUACACGAUCGGACGAGUUUGUGGACUUUUUAGAGCAGUCUACCAAGGUCAUCGAACGGGCCAUUGACCAGGAGACGUACGACAUCCUUACAGACUACUCCUUGCAGGGCAAGGACCUAGACGAGGACGACGAUGAGACUGGCAACACCGGCGGCCGCGGGCAGACCAGGAUAAAGGAAGUUGCGCAGUUCUUUGACGAGCGGUGGUCCAAGAAGCGCAUGAUCAGCAGCAUCGAUUUUUCGCCAAAGUUUAGCGAGCUUUUGCUGGCGUCGUACACAAAGAACCCAACAGCGCCCCACGAACCCGACGGCUUGGUGCAAGUAUGGAACACACACAUGCACGACCGUCCGGAGUACGUCUUUACGGCUCAGUCUGACAUUUUGACAGCCAAGUUUUCGCCAUACCACCCCAACCUCAUCAUCGGCGGCUCGUACAGCGGCCAAGUGCUUCUUUGGGACACGCGCGCCAAGGCGGCGCCGGUACAGAAGACGCCGCUGACGGGCUUUGGCCACGCGCACCCCAUCUACUCGGUGGACAUUGUCGGCACGCAAAAUGCAAACAACAUCAUCUCGUGCUCCACGGACGGCGUCGUCUGCGGCUGGAGCAUGGACGUCUUUGCCCAGCCCCAGGAGCUCCUGGAGCUCAAGAACCCGGCCCAGGCCAAAGUGGCCGUCGAGGACGUCAGCCCGACCUGCCUCUCGUUUCCGCAGACGGAUCCCACCUUCUUCCUCGUCGGCAGCGAGGAGGGCACCAUCUUCCCCUGCCACCGCUACGACCGCGCCGGCGCUAAGGCGGGCGUCGACAAGAAGAUUUGCUACAAGGGUCACACGGCGCCCGUCAUGUCGGUAGAUUUCCACCCGUCGCGCGGCCCUGUCGACCUUGGCGACCUCGUCCUCUCGUCAUCGCUUGACUGGAGCGUCAAGCUGUGGAAGGUCCGCGCGCCCGCUGCCACGUCGACAAUUGGUUCUGGCGACGGCCACAUCAAGCCGCUGAUUGACUUUGUUCGCGAAGACGUCGUCUACGACGCCCGCUGGUCGCCCGUGAAGCCGAGCGUGUUUGCGCUCGUCGACGGCGCGGGCUGGCUGGAGCUCUGGGACAUUAGCAAGGAGACGGAGGAACCCAUCUCGCGCAUCACGCCUAGCCAGCGCCAAGACGGCCGCACCAUGCUCUCCAAGAGCCUCAACAAGCUGGCCUGGGAGCCCAACGAGGGCAAGCGCAUCGCGACCGGUGGCAUUGACGGGUCGCUGACGGUGUUUGAGGUGGCGAGCGGGCUGGGCGGCAAGGAGGGCUUGAAGAACGAGGAGUGGACGAAUGUGAAGAAGCUGGUGAACCGUGUCGAGGCCGUGGGUGUCAAUGGGGCGGUGGUAGUCUAA